AUGCAAUUCUUCCUGAAGAACAUCGCCCUCUUCUCGCUCCUCGCGAUCGUGGUCUCUGCCACCUCUAAAUUCGCCAACACUUGCCGCUCAAUUGAGGGCUAUGGCUCCGAGCUCACGGCCGAGUGCCAGGAAUUUGAGAACGGCCAGCUGCGCGAGACUAGCAUCGAUCUAAACCGGUGCCUCAAGAACAGCAAGGGCUCCCUCAAGUGCGGAUCGAAUGGCAACUACCAGGAUUCCUGCAUCAACUGUGUCAUGAGGGGACACACCGAGUAUCAGUGCCAGUGCCGCAACGUGGACCAGGGUCACAGCUACGUUUCCACCACCAUUGACCUGAACAAGUGCAUCAGCAACAACCACGGUGAGCUCCGCUGCUAA